GCAUCCAGGGGCGGCGCGGAGCCGAGCCGUUCGCCCAGCCGCCAGUGCCCGCGAGCGCCGCGCCUGCUCGGGGAAUCCACUUCGCUGCUAGACGCUCCUCGUUCACGCUCGCUCCCUCCUCGGCUGCUUCCCAUGGCUUUGACUCUGCGGCCGGAGCCUAACCACUAACGGAGAAACUUUUCCUGCCGUUUCUUCUCUCCACCCCCUUCCACGAGAGGAUUAAAAGUUGCAAGAACUGGUGCGGUCCGUGUCACUUGGGUACUAGCCGGCGAGUUCCGAGUCUCAGCCAUGUGCACCAACAUAGUUUACGAGUGGCUGAAAGCGUUACAGCUCCCUCAGUACGCGGAGUCCUUCGUGGAUAAUGGCUACGAUGACCUGGAAGUGUGCAAGCAGAUCGGAGACCCGGACCUGGACGCCAUCGGGGUGCUGGCUCCCGCGCACCGCCGCCGCAUCCUGGAGGCUGUGCACCGGCUGCGGGAACAGGACGCUGCCGCUGCCGGCCUCUACUUCACACUCGAACCGCAGCCCGUGCCACCCGCACCGCUGGUGGACGCGGUGCCCCCAAGCCGCCGGGGGGAGCCAUGUGGCGGCUCAGCCCAGGGCACUCGCGGGGACCCCCGUGGCCAGCCAAGCGCUCCCCGCAGCAGGGAGCUGGUGAGCUACCCUAAGCUGAAACUGAAGAUCAUGAUCCGGGAUAAGCUGGUCCGCGAUGGCAUUCACCUGAGCAAACCCCCAUACUCGCGCAAGGUCCCCAUGGCCGGCAUCCUAGAGUACUUAAUGAAUUGGCCGAAGUCAUCACAGAACCGCUAGAUAUCAUUUUUGAAAGCCCGUGUUGGACUGAUGAGGUGCCGAAGACUGGAAAGGGGCGUACUUAGAACGUUCUUUCACAAGGGGAACUGGAUGGUGACUCUGCAAACACUCAUCAGCUUAACUUUUUGCUCGGAAAAUUCUGGAAUUAUCAGCUUAGUCAGCCGAGUAACUCACGCGUAGUAGUCAGGAGAGAGGCAGUGACAGACCACCUAUGGAAAUAUGAUGGACUUGAUUUUCAGUGGACACUCCAUGUGGAAAGAAGUCUGAUACAUCUCUUGGAAUUUCUCUCCUUUGUUCUUUGAAUUUUUUUCAUCAUGAUAGAUGGGGUUGACUAAGACUUGUGGGGAAUUACUAAUUUUAAGCCAACUACGUAAGAUAGGUUUCUUACAAUAGCUACUUAAUUAGAUAGCUUUCAAAUUAGCCUCAGUCUCGAGAACAGUAGCUUUCAUUUCAUAUUUUAACAUACAUGUUAUUUUACUUCGUAUAGGGCCUUGUUUUCGUUAAGUUACAAUAUUUCAUAUAAUUCUAUAUAAGCUAGUUUGGGGGAAGGAACUCUUAUUUUAGGUACUUUAUAUAGUGGUUUCACAUCUAAGUGUAGCCAUAACACUGACAGAUUAAGGAAGAAAUUAUUUUUCUGGGUUUUCAGUUUUAAUCUGGUAGAGGGAUGACUGUUACAUUAGGAGUGCCAUAGCCCAUACAUGUCAGCUCUUUAUAUUCUUCUUUGUCCUUGCCCACCUUCCCAAGAUGCUUUCUCUCAAACUCCCCCAUCCCCCCAUGCUUCUGAUAUCAGGUGUUGGGCAGGGAAGUGGGCCUUGGCAGUGGGCAAGAGGAGCCUUGUCCCAUCUGUACACAAGGAGAAUAAAGGAAGAAGGAAGGAAACCUGGAGUAUUUUUUUUUUUACUUCCUCAUCAUUAUUUCCUUUGGGUGUUGCUAGUCCACUUUUCUGCUAAGAAAAUACAGCCUUGGUGAUGGGGUCUAAACUUUGCUGAGAAAGGGCUCCAGGUGAUUUGACAAUGUUAGCAAGCAUCUGACACUGGCAAGUCUAGAGAGCCCCUCGGAUGUACUGUGUUUGUGGAAACAUUGUUUCACGACUCAGGAGUACAGCAAAGAUGUAGCUUGUAUCACUGCAAUUAUGGACAUGAACAACAAACUUUCAAAGGCAAGAGACUGACAGUCGCUUUGUCUCUAGAAAUAGGUAGCCGAUUAAGAAGGGAUUACAUCUCCAGAGGCGUUUCAUGCCAUAAUACUGUUUUUUGUUUUUGUAAUCUAAAGUUUAGCCACUAGAGUUGCCUUCAGAGAUGAAUUUAGGCACUGUGCAAAGCCUUUCUUGAGCUUUAAAUACAAGUGUAAGGAAAUUAAGUUCUAAGAGCACGUGUGUGAGUUGUCCCUUAUGAGCCACAUACAGUCAACUGCUUGUCACCUUUUCAAAUAAGCUGAUCUGUAAAAUACCUGUUAGAUUUUUUUUAAAGAGGUGUGGGUGUCUGCAUAGAUUACUGAUAUGAUUUAUUGUGAUAAUAAACGGCUUCCUGGUUGAGGCCUCAUUUCCAGGUGCCGCAUCUGUGGCAGAUUUAUUUCGCAGAUGUACAUUUGCAUGCAUUUGUUGAACUGUGGCUAGCAAGGACCCAAUUUCUGAAAAAAAAUCUAUUAUUUUCCCUGGAGGCAAUAGAAUAAAAUCCUCCGUGACCAAAAAAUGGCCCUAGGGUCCUUUCAAGCUUUAUUUUCAAUUUGAAUGAUGUCCGACUUCAAUUACUUGGCGAAAUCUAAAUCUUGUCUCCAUGCCACUAUUGGAAUUUGAAAUUAACAAUAAUCUACCUAAGUUAUGAGUCACAAUUUAGGAUGGUGGUAUAGCCAGUGGGUCAGAAAGAUGUCUAAGGUAAAGCUAGAAGAAUAAACUUGGGAAGAGAACCAAUGAAAAGAAGCUUGCUAAUUCCUUUGUAUUGAAUCCAGACGAAGUAAGAAGCCAUGAAAGGAAUUCUGACCUUGAAUUGCAUCUCUAGAGACUUAUAUUCAAGAGUCAAUUUCUCAUUAUGCUUUUCCCCCCUUUUAUCUACAUGCUGGUGAUUUCCUUAAUAUCUAACUGUAGAAGAUGAAAAUAUAACAGCAAAUCCUGACCGUGCCGAUGAUUCAUAGUUCCCAGAAAAUUAAGUCAUAAGUGACAGGGUCUUAGUUUAUAAUAUUGAGAGGUUUAGGGAAUAAUAGCAAAAUUUUCUUCAUCUUAAAUGCGAGUAUAUGUCACUGAUGCUAAAUGUUACUUUGCCCAGUAUGGUGGUACCCAUCCAUAAUCCCAGCGGAAUUCCAAGCUCAAGGCCAGCCUAGGUUAUGUAAUGAAAUUCUGUCUCAUUAAGCAAAUCAGAACAAAACGGAGUAAAAUAGGAGGGACUAAUGGAGAUAGCUUUGUUGGUCAAGUGUGUACCAUGCAAGCAUUAGGACCAGUGUUUUUGAACCCCAGAACCCCCAUAAAAAAAGGCCAGGUGUGGUGAUAUGGGUUGUAUUGGCAGCACUGGGGAGGAAGAGAGAGCAAGUUCCCCAUGGCUUGCUGGCUGGCCUCCUAGUCUGUUUGGUGAGUU